GGAAAGAGAUUUAUAAUAAGGCUGCAAAGAUAGGUUAGGACCAAGCAGCGAAAAGAUUAAAUCAAACGGUAGUUUUAAAUUUUUACUUCAAAGGAGCCAAAAGAAGGAACUUCCUUCCGCCCCUUAUUGGCCCGUCCCCUCCUUCUGACUCCUCCCAACCACCUGUAUAAUGAUUCUCGCGAGAUCUUGGGCCAGCUCUCGAAAUUUAGCCCCACGGAAGAAACAAGAGUUAGGAUGAUUCAUCCCUCAUUGAGAGUAGUCCCCGGAACUGGCUGUGGGGUAACCCGGAAGAGAUAACCCGCGCGGGAGGAAGAGAGCGCCGGCCGCGCUGAGCUGAAGGAAGGGUCAGCCAUAUAUACUUUAGAGGGUGACUGGUUGGAAGAGGAUGACUGUGGUACAACCAUCCCUGUAGGAGGAAGCUGCUUGUGAAUGAAGAGAUGAUGAUGAUAGCUGAUAUUUUCCAAGUCUCAGCAUGGACUACUUGGCUCACCCUGGCACACUCGGCCUGGCUGCUGGAGUUGCCUGUGGUAUAUGUUUGGGCUGGGGCCUCGGAAUCCGAUUUGGAGUGUCCCCCAGCACCACAUCAAUGAGUAGUUCAAAUCCAGUGAACAAGAAAAGCCCAGAGGCCCACACUGAAGCCAGCAUCUUGGGAGAAAGUGGGGAGUUCAAGAUGAUUCUUGUUGUCCGCAAUGAUCUGAAGAUGGGGAAGGGGAAAGUGGCAGCUCAGUGUUCUCAUGCUGCCGUUUCUGCUUAUAAACAAGUACAAAGAAGAAAUCCAGAGCUUCUGAAACAGUGGGAGUACUGUGGUCAGCCUAAAGUGGUGGUCAAAGUGCCUGAUGAAGAAUCUCUGGCUGAAUUGCUUACUCAUGCCAAAGUGCUAGGACUAACUGUGAGCUUAAUCCAAGAUGCUGGGCGUACUCAGAUAGAACCAGGCUCUCGGACUGUCCUAGGAAUUGGGCCAGGACCAGCAGAUUUAAUUGACAAAGUUACUGGCCAUUUAAAACUUUAUUGAGUUGCAUUUUGUAUGGUGGUGGGUCUAAGGGUUCUUAGACUCAACUUCCAUUGUGUUCUGACAGUGAAAGACAACCUGCCCUUUUAACUGUUUUUUAAUUUGAGUUCCUGGAAUGAUAAUAAAGUUUGUUCUGGUUUUCA